UGAUUUGUUACAGUACAUUGGGUUCAUUCAUCCGCGAACAUACAGUGACGGUGGACUCGAUAUUAGUGAUCCUUCCCAGCUUGGUGGCGAUUGACAUGUGUACACGAGCCGCGCGUGAGAUAUCGAUAAAUAAUUUGACGUAACAGUGACGUGCCGAGGUCAUCAAUAAAAAAUGCUGCUCAAGUGCCUACUGUGUUUUGUUUUGACAUUGCUGACUAUUGAGUGCUAUCAGUUCGAGGGCGAGCAUUGCACAGCUGACAGCCAACCGGGCACAUGCAAGCUCCUGUCACAAUGCCCGAAGCUGUUGGAGGAGAUCCGACGCUGCGGCAGCCCCAUGCCUCCACACAUGAGGAGAAGGCUGCAGGAGCUAGGCUGUGGCUUCCAGCUAGAUGAGCCGCUGGUAUGCUGUGGUAGCAGUACUAGUAAUACUGCAAAACCCAUCACUUCUAGACCUAACAGUAAACCAUGGUCAAAUGAAAAUCAAGAUCCCUACAAUACUGGUGGUAAUCAGGAUACUAACGUAGAUGACACAAGUAAUUGGGACAGCAAUAAGAAUAAUGUAGACAAUUCAAUAGAAAGGAUACCGGAUGUUCAGAAUCAUCGCAACCUUAAUCUUCUGCCAAUCGAGUGUGGUGUGAUCGAGGGCGAAAGAAUAUUUGGAGGCAACAGGACUAGGUUGUUCGAAAUGCCUUGGAUGGUCCUAUUAUCGUAUGAUUCAGGUCGAGGCACCAGAUUGAGUUGUGGGGGGUCCCUAAUCACGAAGUGGUACGUCCUGACUGCGGCGCAUUGCAUAUCCUUCCUCACUGGCAGACUGAAGUUGAAGGCGGUUAUACUUGGAGAAUACGACGUUAGAAGUGACCCUGACUGUGAGAGGAUGGAAGGACAAUUGUUUUGCGCGCCUAAAAUCAGAACCGUUCCAAUAGAAACCCUGAUCCCACAUCCAGAUUAUUCGCCACAGAACCUGGGAGAUGACAUCGGCCUCAUAAGGCUUGCAGAACCAGCUGAUUUCUCCUUAGACAGCAUGAAGCCGAUCUGCCUGCCGAUUUCCAGCGCCUUGCAGUCAGAGCGGCUGGAAGGGCUGAACGGUGUGGUGGCGGGCUGGGGUGCCACGGAAGACGGGCUGCAGUCACCGGUGCUGCUAAGCGUUGACCUGCCCAUCAUCUCCAACAGCGAGUGCCAGGCGAUCUAUACCGACGGGUCUAUCCUUAUCCAUAACUCCCAGAUGUGCGCGGGAGGUAUUCCAGACAAGGACUCCUGUGGAGGGGACUCAGGUGGCCCGCUCGUGUACCCUGGUAGGACCAGGGCCGUGGGGGUCCGGUAUGUACAACGAGGCAUUGUGUCCUACGGGUCGAAGCGAUGUGGUGUUGGGGGAUUCCCAGGAGUUUAUACCAGGGUCGCUAAUUAUAUGGAUUGGAUUUUGGACAAUAUACGUGGAUGACAAUACAUACGAGUAAGUUUGUGAAAUAGAGUAUAAGAGAAGAUUGUCAGAUACGAAAUUAAUUGAAGAAAACCUAAGAAAUUGGGCAGUUGCACGCAGUUGAGUCCUACGAAUAAAUAACAUUGAUUAGAGAGAGAGAACGUCACUAAACGACUGUGAACUAAAUAUAGAUAAUUAUAGAGUGAAAGGAAGUCAAGUAAGUGAGUGUAAGUACAGACAAAUUUAAAUGGUUUAGAGAGAAAGCAAGCAAACUUAACGAUUGUGAAUUGUGAAAGCCUCGUGAACCUUUUCUCAAAGGUGUAAGAAAAAGAAUACUACAGGUAAACAAUUAUUAUGACAGAAAAAAGUCAAUUAAACAACCGCAAGAAUAUAUAUAAAUAAUUAUUAUUUAGAUACAAGAGAAGGCAACUGAAGAUUGUGUACCACUGAACGACAGUGAGAAUAGAUAAAUUUUAUCAUAACGCCAUAACACAAAAAGACAGAGGAAGUUCAACUGACUGGUAUAAGGAAAACAGAUGAAUAAAUAAUUAGAUAGAAAAGGAGA